CAAAGAAAGGCAUGUUUUCCCUUUAAUGCAACUCGCUUCAGUCCACUGGCAGGGCGAGAGAUGAGAGAACCGCUCCUCAUUUAACACUACACGGGGUCACGGGCGGCAUUAUUCCUCAGCUUUACACUGUUUAUAUGUUCAGGGGGAUGAGAACACUGGGUGAUCCAGGAAAAGGGUGGAGCAAGUAAAAAGGACACUACAAACGUAUUUUAUGCCAGAUUCUUUCACCUUUUAGUAUUUGUCUUGACUGCUAGUGGAUUAAGGGAUCAUGUUGAGCCUCAUCAAACUACCUCAAGUUUUAAGCAUCAACCAAGUUCCAAAAGUGUUCCAUGAGCAUGGCAUCAUAUCUGGGUAUCGAUAUCCAUACAGUUCAGCUAAAGACUGUGUUCUUAGCAUUUUCCAGCUAACUAAUGAAACCCUCAACAUUUGGACCCACUUUCUUCCUACAUGGUUUUUCUUGUGGAAGCUCCUUAUAGUGCUAUCAGAGGAAGACUGGCAGGACUCCUACUGUUGGCCUCUUCUGGUCUUCCUGUUGUCCUGCUGCUUGUACCCACUGGCUUCCAGCUGUGCACAUACCUUCAGUACUAUGUCUGAACGUGCCAGGCACAUCUGCUUUUUCUUCGACUACGGAGCUCUAAGCUUCUACAGUUUAGGUUCUGCCAUCACAUACUCCUCCUAUGUUUUUCCUGAGAAAUGGGUGAACAGCGUUUUCCAUAAAUAUUAUAUUCCCAUUGCCAUGCUCAACUCUGUCCUCUCCACUGGACUGGCCUGUUACUCAAGACUUGGAUUACCUUUCAUUGAUUACAACCAUCAUAUAAGUAAAAGGUCUGUUGAGAAUGCGAACCUAGGGAAAAUUCUGCGGAUUAUGUCUUUUGCCUUUCCGUAUCUCUUUGACAAUAUACCUUUGGUCUAUAGGAUUUUUGUGUGUGUUGGAGAGAAUUGCACAGUCAACGAAGCCACUACUGUUCACUACCAGCACACGGCACUGGCACUGCUUACAGGAUUCCUCUUUGCCUCACACUUGCCUGAACGCCUGGCUCCUGGAAGUUUUGACUAUAUAGGACACAGUCAUCAGCUCUUUCAUGUGUUCGCAAUCACUGGCACGUAUUUCCAGCUCUCUGCAGUUGAGCUGGACAUGACCUUCCGGAAGCAAUGGCUUCUGACUCAUUCACAACCCAUUACCUUCAACAACACACUGGGUGCAGCAUUGCUUUGUGCAGUUUUCAGUCUAUGUAUAAUCUAUGUCUUCAGUAAGGCACUUUUCUGCACAAGGAUUUGGAAAGACAAAGAUUUAAAAACAUCACAUUUCGCUGCAGUUCCUGACUCACAGCAUGCGAAAGCUUGUUUAUUUUAAGACAGGAAUUUUUUCUACGUACUGUAUGUUCUAAACAAGACUGUCUUAUCUCUGUUUGUUAGUUAUUCUAAAUCUCCUGCUAGAGAUAUGUUAAUCAGAAAAAAAAGGUUUUAAAAUAACCUUAACAUUUUUUUAAGGUUAACUGUAAGUGACCUUAAAAUUAAAAUGAGCGGUGCCUUUUACAGGGUCAUGUUUACAGUUAAGACACUCAGUAUGCAAUGAUUAUUCUUCAUUCAAUUUACACACCUGGAUUUCAAGACAUCUACUGACUUUGUGUUUAUAUAAAGUUUUGUUACUUGUUCAAAUUAUAUUUAUUUUAUUUAUUAAUAAAAUGUUUUAAC